AUGACUUUCGACGAUGGGCCCGAUCCGGACGUCACCCCGGCAGUGCUCGAGCUGCUCGAAGAGCAUGGUGCCCGGGCCAGCUUUUUCCUCAUCGGUGAGCGUGCCGAGCGCUAUCCAGAGCUGGUUGCAGAGAUCGUGCGCCGCGGCCACCAGGUGGAGAAUCAUACUCAACAUCAUCACUACCACUUCGCCUUCCUCGGUCUUCGCAGGCUGGGUACUGAGAUCGAUCGAUCGCAAGAUGUGUUGGGCCGGCUGGCCGGUCGCAGUCCCAAGUAUUUUCGCGCUCCGGCAGGUAUCCGCAGUCCGCUACUCGAGCCGCAGCUGGCACGCCGCGGCCUGCGACUGGCGAGCUGGACCCGGCGGGCGUUCGACACGGUGGAGAGGAACCCACAGAAAGUUGUCCGGCGACUGCUCCGGGGCCUGCGAGACGGCGACGUACUGCUGUUGCACGAUGGCUCGGCGGCACGCGACUCGGAGGGCCGAGCAGUGGUCCUCGGCGCCUUACCUACGGUUCUCGAAGAGCUCGCGGCCCGCGGCCUUCGGGCCGUUCCUCUUCCAGACCGUUAG